CCCUACGACGGUCGGUUAGACAAUUCGAAAGUAACAAACUCUAACUUCAUAAUUGUGCGGACGGACUAUAAUCAAUUCGAAUCGGCAACAGUGCUUGCUUCCCUCAUUCAUCGUCUUCUCUUCUCCAAUGGCUUCUAGCAACACCCCUCAAGGGGUUGACAAUACGUUCAGAAAGAAGUUCGAUACGGAAGAGUAUCGGGAGCGUGCACGUGAACGCGAAAAGAAGGAGGCGGAACGGUCUAAACAGUCUAAAGGUCCACCUGUGCAAAGAGCUCCUUUGAAGCAUAGAGAUUAUCAUGUUGACCUAGAGUCUCGUCUCGGCAAGACCCAGGUUGUUACACCAGUAGCGCCUCUAAGUCAGCAGGCCGGUUAUUUCUGUCGCGUUUGUGACUGUGUUGUUAAAGAUUCAGCAAACUACUUGGAUCACAUAAAUGGGAAGAAACAUCAAAGAGCGUUGGGAAUGUCUAUGCGGGUGGAGAGAUCGUCUCUUGAACAGGUUCAGGAGCGGUUUGAGGUGCUAAAGAAGCGGAAAACGCCAGGAACUUUCUCAGAACAAGACCUGGACGAACGGAUCCGGAAACAGCAAGAAGAAGAGGAGGAGUAUAAACGGCAGCGGAGAGAGAAAAAGAAAGAAAAGAAGGCAAGUUUCUAUAUAUGUACUAGAGCUCCCUAUGUUUUUUUUUUUUUUUGAUUUGGAUUUUGGAAUAUGACAUGUGAUUUCUCAAAAUAUCUGGAUUCAGAAAGGGAAGGUGGUGGAGGAGGAGCCUGAGAUGGAUCCCGAGGUUGCAGAGAUGAUGGGAUUUGGGGGCUUUGGAUCUUCCAAAAAAUCAUGAUGAUCUUCAUUUGAUCAUUAUGUGUCUUUUAUGUUGUAACGUUUUUGAUCCAAAAGCUUGAAACUUUGUAAUCUAACAUCGCAUAACGAUAUCGUUCGUCUCAUUGUGACUAAGAAAAACAGUUUGUUUC